AGUUAGAAAUGCUGAGCGCCAGAAGAGCGCAGCGCACCGGACCGAGUGCGCACAGGAACUUGCAGAGGCAACAACUCUAGUUCCUCAUCGCUUCAUUUCAAAAUCGUCUUUGGACGUUUGAAAUUUUUUUUUUGCCAAAUCCCAUCCUUUGGAGCUUUUUUUUCCCUUGAAUGAGCCUGACGGUUGCUGCUCAUAUGACUGAUUUCACUUGAGGCUAUACAGGAGAGAAAGCGAAAUGGAGACGUUUACAAUACAUGACCUCCUCGUAAAUUCAACUGAUCUCAACAAGAUUUUGUGCAGUUUUGGCAUCAAGAAUAUGUCCGAGUGCGAGAGCGAGCAGGACCCCCAACCCGAACCUAAAGAUAUCAACCAAUGUGUGCGGAUCGUCCUCUACAGCCUCAUCUUCCUCCUCAGCAUCCUGGGCAACAGCCUCAUCAUCGCCGUCCUGGUGAGAAACAGGCGCAUGAGAACCGUCACCAACCUGUUCCUGCUGUCUCUGGCUGUCAGCGACCUGAUGGUCUCCCUGGUCUGCAUCCCCUUCACCCUCAUCCCCAACCUCAUGAGGGACUUCAUCUUCGGCACUGGCAUAUGCAAGCUGGUCAUGUACUUCAUGGGGGUCUCAGUAAGUGUAUCCACCUUCAACUUGGUGGCCAUCUCCCUGGAGCGCUACAGUGCCAUUUGCAACCCACUGACCUCCAGGUCGUGGCAGACAAAGUCCCACGCCGCUAAAGUCAUCACUGCAACUUGGGUGGCCUCCUUCAUUGUAAUGCUGCCCUACCCGAUUUCUAGCACCCUCAGGCCCUUCACCCGCCUCAACAACAGCACUGGGCACAUGUGUCGGCUGGUGUGGCCCAACGACACCAUCCAGCAGUCCUGGUAUGUGUCUCUGUUGUUGCUGCUCUUCCUGAUCCCUGGGAUUGUCAUGAUGACGGCCUAUGGACUCAUCUCCUUGGAGCUCUACCGGGGCAUCAGGUUUGAGAUGUCCAACAGGAAAUCAAGCAGAGACAGACAAUCCAGCACUGGCAGCAUCAAACCAGGUGACAGUGACGGCUGCUACUUGCAGCCGUCUAAAAAGAAGAGCAUAACAGUCGGUACUGGCAACUUUCCCAACUCCAGCAGCAAGCCAAUGAUGGGGCGUGUGUGCAGCAGCAGCUCUACAUCCAACCUGAUGGCCAAGAAGCGUGUGAUCCGCAUGCUCCUGGUCAUCGUCUUUCUCUUUUUCCUGUGCUGGACCCCCGUCUUCGUGGUCAACGCGUGGCAGGCUUUCGAUCGGCGCUCGGCCCACCGUCUGACCGGCGCGCCCAUCUCCUUCAUCCACCUGUUGUCCUACACCUCGGCCUGCGUCAACCCCAUCAUUUACUGCUUCAUGAACAAGCGUUUCCGCCAGGGCAUGCUGGCCACCUUCACCUGCUGCAGCUGCUUCAGGAAGAGCGGCAGAGGCAGCGGCGGUUUGGGGAGGUCAUCUGGAAGCAGAAUGACUAAAGGGGAAGUGAGCAGAUCGAGAUCGGGGCCAAAGAUCCCUGAGCAGAAUGGUCACACCCCGCCAAGCGGAGGCAGCACACGCUUCACGUACACCGGCAUCCAAGCAUCAGCCUGGAGUGAGUUGACUUAAGCUGGACUGAUGUGUCUGUGUGUGAAAGUACUGGCCUGAGUGCAAACACAUGAAGGAAGCUGUGGUGUGUUAUUUUAACGUAAAGCCCUCACACUGCUUAUAGGACUAGUUUAUGAGCAGCUAUGUUGCUUUAGCUCAAGUGUGACAUGACAUGGGUACAUUAUAUUGUCUGUGGAGCAGAACUGGCGUACAUUCAGUGCUCUACUGGCACAUCAACACGCCCAGAUGUUUCCUUAAAGCUUGCAGCAUCCAAAGCGGCUAAGUGAUACCUGAUCAUAUAUGGCUUCAGGAGUCUCAAGUCUCACAGAAAGAUAAAAAGUGUAUCCUUUUUUUUUUCAUAUUUAAACACGUUUUACUGCAUCUGUAGCUGGGUAGCCACGAGAGUCUUUGAGAAACCAGAUAACUAUUUUUCAUGUUAAUCAGCUCCAAAAGGUUAAGAUAACACAAAAGGAUAAGCAUCUUCUUACUUCUCUCUCAUGAAAGCACCGAGGUCUGUCCCACCCAAUGUUUUAAACAAUGUCACUUCAAGGUCUUCUUGCUAGCUAAUCUGCAGACGUGACUUCAGUUGUUUGCCCAGUUUAUGUCAAAGCCAAAAAAAUACCUUCAAAGUCAAUGUGACUUUAAACAACUACUGUUUAAGUUGUUUAAGUGGAGAAGAAUAUUGUCAAAAUUUCUUUAACAGCUAGAAAACUGACUUUACAGGUCACGAAUGCUUUGUUUUACUAGUCAUUUCUGAAAAUAUAUUAUGAGACUUUCCUGACUUGUGUAAUCCAUCAUAAUGUUGCGUGCUAAUACAGUUAAAAUGACACUGCAUUAACUCUCAACACAAAGGCAGGUUUAAAGAAGUUUCACCAAGAAUUGAUCAAAAGACCUCAUAUAAAAGAUCAAUAAAGUCACAGAUUGGUUUGUAAACUAGUGUUUUGACAGCUUGAAUUUAGAAUUUGGCAUUUUGGUUUUUUGAAACUGGAUAGAGCUAAUGAGUCUAUCUGAUUGGAAAACAAACUGAGGUUCUUGUCAAUCAUUAGGGAGCCACACCCUAAACCUUGUAUUGUCCGUUUUCCUCUAAAGAGGACUAUAAUUUACAAAUUAACAUUAUGGAAUACUAAAAGAAACUUGAUGCUACCAACUGAGAUGAUAGAAUUCAUUAGGAAAACGACUUACAUAUCAAGAAGAAGUGCAGUCCUUUCUUCCUGGAUUUGUAUAUAAUCUGACUUCUUUAAGCAGCAAGAGGAGUCACCCCCUGCUGGCCAGACAGAAAUGUAAAACGUUUUACUUGUUUGUCUACAAAAGUUAUUAAUGCUAAUAUAAGCGCCUCCUGACUCUACCGUCAUAAAUUAUGCUGACAAGCCUAUGUUCCCAACAUGUCAGACUAUUCAUUUAUUACUUGGCCAAGGAACACGGCGGAGUUAUGUGACAAUCGGCGUAUGUUUGUCCGUCUGUUUGUCUGUCUGUUAGCAACAUUACUCAAAAACAGACUUAUGGAUUUGGAUGAAAUUUUCAGGGAAGGUCAGAAAUGACACAAGGACCAAGUGAUUAGAUUUUGGCAGUGAUGCGGCUUAUUGUCUGGAUCCACGGAUUUGUUAAAGAUUUCUGUCCACGGCAUCACUGUAACUAUGACAACAAUCAUACAUAACAUGUUUGUGAUCCUACUAAAAACUGACUGCUGUGGACUUAUCUGUCAGAAAUCAUACAAGGAACAGUUGACUAAAUUGUAGGGGUGUUUUCGAGUUCCAUCAAUUCCUGCUGCCCACUACAUAUUUAGGUCACACGAUUCAGUAUCCGUACAAAACAUAUACAUGCAUAACACAUGCCUGUGCUCAGCGCAAGGUAAUUUUUUAUUAAAGAUUACAUCCGUCAGAAAUGAUAUGACUGAGCAGCCUUGGAGGAGUACUGUGCUCUCUGAGUGCCUCUCUUGUUGUUAAAUGUAAUGGAUUAUACAACUCAAACAUUUGACUUUCUGUUCAUAAAUACUCUUAAGUCGGGAUAAACAUACAACGCAUAUAAAACAUGGGCUGGGAUCUCACUCAUUGGUUUGUGGAUUCAAAUUUGGAAUUUGUUUGCUUCCAACUUUUCAAACCUGACACAAAAAGUGAGCAGUGUGAUCUGAGUAGGAAUUUGAGGACACUACGCGAUACGGCAGUGACCUGUCAAUCACAAGGUAGCUGCUGCUUUAUCAUCUAUUUUACUCCAAAAAGGACCAUAACUUACUAAAUGAACAUCAUGCUGUAUAGAAGGACUCUUGAAACUAGGGAUUGAGAACAUAAACUUACUAGGAAAAUAUUUACUGAGGUAGCAGAUCAAGGGAGAAGUUGGGCCAUUUUCUCAUAGACUUUUCUUUAAUCAGAUUUCUUUUUGCAAGAACAGGUGUUGCCCCCUGCUGGCUACUAGAAUGAAUGCAGGUGUUAGACAAUUUCAUUUAGUUUUUUUUUCUCUUUUCAAACCCAAAAGCUACAUUCGUAUUUUAAAUACAGUGCAGGAAAACACAGAAGCAGCAUUAAUAUUUGUUUAUUUUAAUCAUGCAGCUACCGGCUUCCCCUAUGUGCCAGAAACAAUCUCACUUUUGUAAACAGGCUAUUAUUUGUCAUCUUCGGCAGCGACUGCCUGGUACGCUGCAGUGUAAACCUACUCAGUGGCUUCAAAACAAAAAUCCCCCACUGCACAAAUAGUUCUGCUCACGUCCUUGACCCACUGUAUGUGUGUGUGUGGUUACCUGAGGGGUUGUACUGUGUGUACAAUGUGAACCGGAGAGGUCUUAUCAAUAUGUGGGACUCUAAACACCUGCAGCUCCUCUUCAAAGAGUGAAUUCCUGGCAUUAGCCACCAUUCGUCCUGUUAAAAAUAACAGCAUCAAUGUAGCAACUUAUUUUGUGUCUCUGUAUCAGUAUGUUGUGUAAAUUCUUUCUUUUAACCUAAUGGAAAAUGUUGUAUUUCUCAAGUGUUUUGUUCGGUUGCAUGACACUCUGCUCAUAGUUGAAUGUAUAAACAUAAUCCCAGUAAAUCUACUGGUUUGUAAUGUAUAAAUCUACAACGCAUCAACUACUAGCUGACCUUGAUUGCCCAGUGUGCAGACUCGGGGCAGAGGAGCUUGGAGCUUUUAACAGCUUUCAGUGGAUGGAAAGAACAGAGGGAAUCUGCUGGGACUUCUUCCCAGGGAUAAGAGCUCCAUUUGGGCUCGGUAGACGCCCAAAGCCCCGACCCGCCUUCACACUGCAGCCGCUGGGAGACGUUUAACCAUCACUGGAGGGGAGAAAAGAUAAAAUAUGGCUCAGUUAAAUCUUUACAUUAAAAAAAUGGACCUCUUUAUGCUUAAAUAUUUGUAGUAAAGUGUGAAACAAUACUUGCUUAAGCUUCAGGUGAUGAUUAAAAACAUACACAAACCGA